GAUGAAUUCCUCGAGAUGGUUGAGGAGACACAGGCCAAAGUGUUUGAAGAAAUCAGGAACAAGGUGGAUGCUAAACGGCACAGAGACCUCGAGGACACUCUUGGUGAUUUCAUGGAGCGUGUGAAGAAACAAGCUCCAAUGGCGGCAGCAUUUCCUAACGUGAGCAAGACCUCGCAUCGUCCUAGGACGAUGACAGUUGUUGCCCAAGAUCUGGCUGAAACUUCACGCGAAGCUGCGAGGUCUCUGAUGUCAGUGGUUGUUGAUAACGAGGAGACACGUGUCCAACCAGAAUCUCAUGGUCUGGCUGCUGCAACCAGAGGGGUGCAAGGACCUCACCUGAAUGCAUGCCCUGGGGUGCUUGUGGGUUUGCUUGGCAAAGAAACUGCUGUCCAGGAGCCUGUUGAUGAACCAGAGGACAAGCCUAUGAUUGUGGAUCGCAAAGGCAAGGGGCCGGCUAUUGACGUGGUCUACCGCAGGUGCAGUAGACAGACAACCAUGCAUGAGGUGCUUGGCGUGGCAGGUUCUUCCUCUAGAGAUCAUGUGCAUGUCCAUCAUCCGGUGGUUGCGUCCGUAGACACUGAUAUGACUGAAGCAGUUGUGCCGGAUGCUUUGCAGAUGCAAAAUGAUGGGCUUGCAGGAAUUGCCACGACCACACCAAUAGGGAACAGGAGGUUGGCACUGCCUGGUAAUGGGGAACAAACCAACCCGGUCCCUCUUGCGGUUGUUCCUGCUUUGCCACCUGCACGUGAUUACGGCUACUCUCCAUUUGAGCUGGAUCUACAACAUUUUUUCUACCCUAACCAAGUAUGCCUGGAUUUGUACGAGAGCGUUGAACUUCUCAGUCGGGCUUCUGAGCUCAGCAGGACUUGGUUCGAGCAUCACACCCCCACGGUGCUACAGAUAGAUGGGCAUAAGAUGAAGUACCAAUUCAGUUUGCAUGGUGAGAUGAUGUACAAUGGCCUUGACGCCUGGGUGCGUGGUUGGAACGACAGGGAGAGGAGCAUGAUGCAGAGAGUUGAUAUCCCAAACUGGAGAGGAUUGCUACCACAUGAUGAUGUGCUCCGCAUUGAAAAUAUUGAUACUGACAACGCCCGUGUUGUGCUCAUUGCGAUGCUUUCGACGCCCAAGCUUGGUUUCCCACUCUGCAUGUGUCGUCUGCUCUUGUUCCCUCUGUGGCUUGCUAACGACUGGUCCCUAUACGCCUUCGACAUGGAGCUGACCAGGGUCACGGUGAUGGACCCAUUGUACACGCAGGUGGGGUCACCAGUGUACAAGAGGAAGCACGGGGCGACCGUGCGCAUGCUGCUUAAAGGGCUCAAAAUCCUGGGGACCAUCCUGUUUGGCGGUUGGGAGAUGGAUAUCUCCAAAUGGACUGUUCGGUACAACAUUGAUAUGCACAUAGCUUGUGGUAGCGGUGAAUCGCCUGGCUACAUUGCGCACUAUGCGGACAACUUCAAUGCUUACGAGCUGGAGGAAGCCGUUCCUGAAGUUGGUCUUCCCCUGCGUCGGAAAAGGAUGCUCUAUGAGACAAUUGCCUGCUCGGGUAACACUGCUCCUCACCCAGGAUUCAUGGAGGAAGUGGAGGUGGAGGAGUAGAACACUGGACUCCAUGUUGUCGACAUGUCACCCUUUUGGAGCUGCUGCGUGCAAGGACAUGUUUGAUUACAUCCGGUGAGGAUGGAAGUUGUACUUUUUUUGUAGCUGUCUUGUUGACAGUUCUGUAAGCCCAUUGUGUGAUGGGCUUUGCAAUGUGCUAUGUGUUAAACCUAUGUGGUGCUUGUCUAAGUAUUUUGGCAUGGAACUGUACCAGCCAU